UGUGAUAACUCAGUGCGCCGGCGCAGCUUGCCACGGACGCGCGUCUUACCGCGUACACCGCGCUUCACGGGUCUCACAGACCCUGUAUGUACACUUUGAACCUUCGUGUCACUUUGUCGUGUCCUUUGCAAGUGUUACCCACACGGUCACGUGUUCGUGUUUUGGUUGUUCAAACGAAAAUAGAACUAUUUUAAAUUUAUGCUCACCUAGUACUGAAGUGCAACUAUAAAACUAUUUUCCGAAACUGAAAAGUGUUUUCUCUGGAGUUUCGUGUAUUGAGUGUUUAUUAGAUGGAUUUUUGCGUGGACUUACAUAUUAUUUAAUAAUAUUAGAUUUUUUUUAAAUAAAUUGAACGAUUUACUUGACCUGAUUGAUUUAUUACGUACUGUAAGUGUGUGAUUAAAGUGACAUUAAUAUUCCAUGAGAAAGCUUAUGUUGAGCAGUUUUGUUGGAUCUCGUGUAUACAGCAGUGAUGUACUUGAAGAUGUAUAUAAAAUCGGAGCGGUUCUACCAACAGCCAGACAACCAGCCGCUCAAAGAAGAGGAUAAAUGUUUCUCUGAUUACGACGAGGAGGACGACCGUGAAGCUGGGGCAGCGGCGCGGCGGUGCGCGCGCGAUGCGGCGUCGCCCGCGCAAGCGCACGCGCCGGCGUCCGCGGCGCCCGCGCCCCUCGCCGGCGUCAAGAGCGAGCGCCUCAGCCCGCACGACUCCACCGCUUCCAGAUCUCGCAGCGUGACGCCAUCAACGUCGUCAUACCCGGGCACGCCGCCAGAGCGCGGCAGCCCGCACGCGCCACCCGCGCCCGCGCACCCGCCGCGCAACUACUCGGACAUCAUGCGCUCGCUCGCCGCGCGCUACAACACACAUCCCACUAAUGACUAUUUCCACCGAAUGAAUGGCUUCGCCGUAGAGCAGCGGGCCCCAUCACAACCACAAGUGGAUGCCACCGACGUACCAGUGGGUGGACUAUUUGCAAAGUUGGCAAAGCAACAAGGCGGGCCGCCGCGGCUUCCAGCCUUCCCCGUCAUGCUUGAUAUGAGCUCAACGAAGACGCUGCUAGCGAUAUCCAGAGUUGGUCGCGGAGGGCGUUCGCGGCGCAAACGCGUCGGCGCAGGAACUACCGCCGAGCACUCUCCGCUGGAUCUCUCCGCGGCGGGAGAGAGUGCGGCGAAACGCGCCAGACUCUCCGCUAGUCCGAGCACGAGGAGCGACGGAGAUGAGAGAGCUUCAAAUGAAGAUCGAAGUGAGAAUCGCGAGUGUCUAUGCGCUGAGGCGCGCGCUAGACUCUCUGCGUGGUCUGUGGACGAAGUUUGCGACUUCGUGAGCUCCAUAGACAUCUGUGCCGAAUACGCGUCGAAUUUCCGCGAGCAGAGAAUCGACGGCGCAGGUCUGCCUCUCCUAACAGAAGAGCACCUCACAAUGAUGCUGCAAAUGAAGCUCGGCCCCGCCCUUAAACUGAGGGCCGUGCUCGCCAGGAGACUGGAACCCUGCGCCCAGUGCCUAGCCAACGCAGCGAACACAACACCAACAAACACGCCAAAAAUUAAUGGCACAUCACUAAAAUCAGAGCCAAGGAGCAACACUACAAGCCCCAGUUAGAGUUUUCCCUAAACUCAACUAACAGACUGAACGUUUGGACAAUAACGUCGGGUUUGCAUUAGAUCUCUUUACUCCAUGCGAGUCCAUUGCAAAGCGACUGAGACACCGUGAAAAUUCAUUUUACGAGUAGGUCAGUCAAAUUAGCUGAACAUUAAUAAUAACGCACGAAUUACAUUUUGUAACGCCAACAGCCAAAAAGCAAUAAGCUGUAGUCGUGUACAGGCAUAGUCGCACUCGCGAUAAACCCCAAAAGUCUAUUCAAUUAUUUUUUUUUCAUAUGUCUUUCUUCUGUGACAAUUCCAACUGGACAGGUUAGUUCGUUAGUACUAUAGAGCAGAAAGCACAAAAGAAAUUGCUCAACGAGGACUGUUAACUUCAAUUUUGAUAUUUUACUAAAAAGGUGAUUAUUUAUUUAUUUUCAAGUAUUCAGAAAGUGAAUAUUACAUUUGCUUCUAAUUAAAGUAAGAUGAUUUAUUUGGUAUGGACGUCAGCUGUUAUGAGUAUAGUAUCACAUACGUACGCCAAAAACACUGCCUUUCUGUCAAAUCAAAUCCACUAGUAAUCAAAUGUUCAGACACCAUACUUUAAAAAACUUAAGUUUGAAGUAGUUUUUUCAUCAUUUUUUUCAUCCCAUCGAAUACUUUUUAGUUUCAAAGAAACCAGAAAAUAUGAUAUCAAUGCCAGGUCAAUGGACUCGUAUCGAGUUUUUAGUUACUGACCUAAUGUGAAUCCGAUAAGUAGGUAUAUUCUAGCGAAAGGUUCUAUUUUCUGACUUCAGCUUUUAUUGUACUCUGGACAUUGCUCUCGGGAGUUCUUUCAAAGAAAUUUGUUUUGGACUGCGGUAGUUUUUCGGUGUAUAAAAUACGGUGCACUUUUUUGGCAUGACUUUUUUGUGCCAACACCAAAUUGGCUUUGGGAAUACUCGUAUUUUAUAUAAAAUUAGACUACUGCGAAGAUACCGUCACAUCGUCACUUUACAUCAAAACAAAUGUAACUAUUUCAUUAUUUAAGAAGUAAUGUUUGCUUUUUCCUGAAUUACUUACUGUUACAAACGCUAAAUAAGCUUUUAUAGCCAAACUACAGUAUACAAAAUAUUCAUAUAUCUUAUAUGAUUUUACAACAAGAUAACUAUUCGGCCAGUAAUUUAAAUUAUCAUGUUGGCCCUUUUUUGCACCUUAAAUUAAAAAAGGAUGUCUAAUUCAUCUGCUAGUGCAAAAUAAUUGUCUCCCAGUUCCCCAUUAUAGUUUUUACUUCGUAACUAAACUUUAGUCAUUCAGUUCACUUUUAGUCUUCCUGUUAAUAAAUUUUGCAUUUAGUUACGAUUUAAGAUGUUUAGAAUAGGUUUCUAGCAGCUAAGGAUGUAAAUAAUGUGUUGCCGUCCAAAUGUGUUGUGUUUAUUUUAUUAUAUUACGCUUCGAAGAAAAGUUUUUGUAUGCAAUUAUAAAGAUGCGUAAUUAUAUUUUUAAAAGCAGAGACUUAAAUAUUAUAAUAACUGGUAUACAAUAACAAUAUGAAUUUGCAAAGAAUGACUGUUUUCGAAUUAAAAGACGACUGUAUUAGUUUUAAAGAACUGACCGUUGAAACUUUUUUCGCGUUCGCAAAUUUUAACCAUGCUGUAUAUCGCAUGGUUUCAUGAUUUGGUAAAAAUAUAUAUAUAUAUUUCAUAGAACUAUCUAUGCAAAGCGAAUAAAAUAAGUAAUCAAUAUGAAAGCAUGCAAAGACUUUCUUCGUACUUAAAAACUUUCGGUGCUAAAAGACCCUGAUAGAAAUAUUUUGAAGAAAUGUUAAUGUAAAGAUUGUUUUGUAUAUAACGGCCUUUUUGUAAAAAUAUCUAAAUUCGAGGCUAAGUAUAACUUUAAUACUUACAGGGUCAAUGUUACACUUUGUAAUUUGUAUAUAUUAUAUAUACAUUUAUUGUUAUAUACUGUAAUGUUGCGUCGAGAAUAGCAUUUAUUUACACCACACCUGAAGAAAGCUCAUUAUGAUGUUUACAGAAAUUGUAAUUACAAUUUGAAAUUACAAUUAUGUUUGUAGUUACACUUAGUUAUAUAAAAACUGGAUUAAAUAUUUCAUAUAUUACAUAAUAAAAUUUAUUAAAUUCCUAUUUUUAAAGAAGUAAGUAAAUCUGUACAUAGGGCCGUAUGAUACAAUAUUUUUUUAUCUAUAAGAUAUACAUAGAUUAUUGCAACAAUUAUAUUUGUAGUGAAAUCUUAGAGUGAAAUACAUUUUUUAUAAACUGUGGUAAUCUCCUUAAUUGCCAAAAUAGUAUAUUGAUGAAAAUUACACAUUUUUCAUAAUGUAACUGUAAAUUAUGCUAGUGGAAAAUCUGCGAUAUUUUGAAAUGAAAAUAAAUUACAUCUUAAUAAAAAAUUCUUCCAUUAUACAAAAAUUGUUAACAAUUAAGUAAUAAUAAAAUAAGUUAAACUUGUAUAUUUUUGAGUUUAAUUUAACCAACGCUAUUAUUGACCACAUUCAAUAGUUUUCAUUACACUCAAAGUCAAUUUUCCAUUAUACUAAUAAUAGUGGUUUUCAUUUACUUUCGUUAAGUGAAGUAGUGAUUACUAUUUUAAGAACUUAAAACCUCCGCCUUGAGGAAAAAUAAAUCGGAACUCAAACUAACCUUAACCUAAAACUUAAAAUAUUUCAACCGAUGCAUUAAUUUCUGUUAAACAAAAUAUCCAGCUUUUCCACAGCCUCAUAGUAAAUAAAUAACAUAUCAAUAAUAAAGGUGCUAACUGUUACGCGUGCGUCAGGAAAAUAUUUUCUGUGCCUUUCCACAUGUCUUCCUAGCAUUUUGUAUAAUUAUCAAAUAUAUAAUAUUUUAUCAUUAACUAUGGGCGUAGCUAUAAAGGAAAUGUUCGUAAUUGCAAUUUAUUGAAAUGUUUAUAUUCCUUGCCAUUCAUCACGAAAUUUCGAAAACCUCUUAACGUACAAGAAUGAAAUUUGAGAGGGAGGUAGUCUACUAAUAGAACGCUAAGAAUGGAUUUUGCAAGAGGGCCGGAUUAAGGAGGUCUAAAGUCGGACGAAGUCUCUAGUAUUCUAUAAUAUUAUAUUUUUAUUUCAAGACUAUUAAAAUUACCGUAGAAAACUAACUUCAACUGUCAUUAGAAAACAAAACGUAAAUAACUCAAUAAACAUGAGGCCGAAAGGUCCUGGGUUUGAAUCCUACAAAUAGGGUAUUGUCGUAUCAACUCCUAACAGUCUAUACUAGUAAUAAUUGAAAGAUAUGAUUCGCCCUAUAAUCUAUACUAAUAUUAUAAAGCUGAAGAGUUUGUUUGUUUGAUUGAACGCGCUAAUUUCAGGAACUACUGGUCCGAUUUGAAAAAUUGUUUCAGUGUUAGAUAGCCUAUUUAUCGAGGAAGGCUAUAUAUUAUCCCCGUAUUCCUACGUAAAUAAUAAUUGGCUACGCCCAUACCAACUGUCUGGAAAGUAUUACGGUUGUAGGCUUUAAAUCUGACGUUAAUAAUACAAUAAUAAUAGUGUAUAAGAAUAUUACGAAUUUGUUAAUAGCUGAUUUAUAUUAAUAGUUAUAAUAUUAUGUAAUGUAGAAUUUCAUGUUGCAGCUUAAUUUGUUUAUUAACGUAACUACUUAUAAUACGGACCAGUGACUUACAUGUUUGUAAAUGUUUUGUGUACCUUAAUAUUGUUUUAGUUGAAUAGAUUGUUUGGUUUUUUUGUAUGAUGCUUUUGGAAAAUGUACCACACUUUGCUGCUUAUUUCAUAGACAAAUUAACAAAACUUUAUAAAAUAUAGACAAUACUCGUGUUAUUAAAAUUUAUUAUAAACCACGGCUAAAACUCAAGUCUGAAUUUUAGCCGUUUUAUUAAAAUCGUUAAUAACAUUUAUUAAAACAUUCACAAUGGUUUAAAUUCCAAAAUACUUGAGUUCUUAUGACUUUUUUAAAAUCAAAAAUAUAUAUAUAUCUAUAUAAUUAGUAACGAUGUUGUUAAAGACAUUUAAAAGAUAAUAAAUAACGUUUUAAUGAAAAAUCAUAAUUCUACAUACUAGAAAAUAAUACAUGACAAUUAAGCAUUUUUAACUAAGUCGAGUAUGUAAAAUCAGUAAUAUAAAUGGGUAUAUUGUGAGACAACGCUCUAAAUUAAAUUCCAAAAAAAAAAUAACGUAAACUUACUCUGUUACUUGUAAUACAACCUAUCCAUUUAUAUUACAAGGUCAAUUUAUAUUAAUUGAAAAAACAAUUAACUUGAAUAAAUACGAGUAAUGUAUAAACUCUAAAAAUGCCGUCUCUUUAAUUUUUUAUCAUUAAUUUAAUAGCUUUUAAUAUUGAAAUUGUUAUAGUAUUUUUUUUUAAAUAUACGGAAAAAAUAUAUUCUUUGUCACACCACAUGUAGAAUUCUGAGCUAAUAGGUUUUUCCAGUAAAGCAUGUAAGAUGUGUGUACAUUUUCAUAUUAUGAAUGUUUUUUGUAAGUUUGUGUCCUUUGUGAAUUACUUUAUUUCUAACAAGGCUUAGUCACUUGUUAAUUUCCUUAAAACACAAUAAGUACUUAUAUUUUACGUUAAACAUUAAGCUUGUUUAGAUAUAAUUUCGGAUUUUGAGUAAAAUCUGAUCUUAAGUAUUUAUGUGGAAGAGAAUAAAACAAUGAUUUAUUCCAA